CGGGCCCGGUUACCCCGCCACGUCCACUCCAUUUCCCCUCCCCUCUCACCGUCUCGGACAUGGCGGAGCCACCGCCACCUCCACCCUCGACGCCCAUGCCGAAGUCAUCGCCGCGGGCGCGGCCGCGCCACCACCACGCGCCGCCGGGCCUCUGCGCCCUACCCGCCUUCUCUUACAACGCCCACCGUGGCCUCGUCCUCGGGCUCACCUUCCUCGCCUACGCCCUCUACCACGCCUCCCGCAAGCCACCCAGCAUUGUGAAGCGCGCGCUCUCCAAGUCCUGGCCGCCCUUCUACGACCCCGCCCUCCUCGGCGAGACCGACGUCGCGUUCCUCGCCUUCUACUCCCUCGGCAUGUUCGGCGCCGGCCACCUCGGGGAUCGCCUCGAUCUCCGCCUCUUCCUCGCCGCCGGAAUGGUCGGGAGCGGCGCCGCCGUCGCCUUCUUCGGCGCCGGGUACUUCCUCUCCCUGCACUCCAUCGUGUUCUACCUCUUCGCCCAGGCGAUCGCGGGUCUGCUCCAGUCCACCGGCUGGCCCUCGGUCGUCGCCAUCGUCGGCAAUUGGUUCGGCGGCCGGAGGCGCGGCCUCAUAAUGGGCAUAUGGAACGCCCACACCUCCGUCGGGAACAUCAGCGGCUCAAUCAUCGCCGCCGCCGUGCUGCGGUACGGGUGGGGCUGGUCGUUUGUGGUCCCCGGUGGGCUCAUGGCACUCGGUGGCGUUCUUGUGUUCUUCUUCCUAGCGCCUUACCCGGAGGACGUUGGCUUCGCUUCGUUGCCCCCCAACCCCAAGCACGCCGGUGGAGCGAGCACCGACGAGGAGGACAGCAGCACCAGCACGGGUGGGGAAGAGGACAGGAGGGACGCCGUAGGGAUUUGGAAGGCAUUUUCUAUCCCGGGUGUGCUCACCUUCGCGGUCUGCCUCUUCUUUGCCAAGCUGGUCGCCUACACCUUCUUGUACUGGCUCCCGUUCUACUUGACCCAAACUGCCAUUGGAGGAGAGUACAUGUCGGUCACGGAUGCUGGUUAUCUAUCAGUUUUGUUCGAUGUAGGAGGAAUCAUUGGUGGAAUUCUCGCUGGGUUCAUGUCUGAUCAGCUCGAUGCUAGGGCCACUACUGCAGCAAUGUUUAUGUAUCUGGCGAUUCCAACACUUUACGCCUUUCACGCGUAUGGCAGUACUUCGAAAGUGACAAACAUUGCCCUGAUGAUGAUCAGUGGCUUGUUUGUUAAUGGACCUUAUGCUCUGAUAACAACUGCAGUUUCUGCUGAUUUGGGCACUCACAAAUCUCUCAAAGGAGAUUCCCGUGCGUUGGCCACUGUCACAGCAAUCAUAGACGGGACAGGAUCGCUUGGUGCUGCCUUAGGGCCAUUUGUGACAGGCUUCAUUUCAAAAACUGGAUGGGAUUCAGUGUUCAUAAUGCUUAUACUUUGUGCAUUGAUUGCUGGAGCGUGUUUAUCAGGUCUUGUGAAAUCAGAGAUUCUGCAGAUUAUUCAAAACUGGAGGAAUAGAUCAAGUAACACGCCGUAUGGAACUGCAGAUACUGGCGCUCAACCACUUUUAGGGGAGAGUAGUUGAAGGCAAGGCAGUUUUUGGCGCAGGUGGGGUGGGAAUGCGGUAUACAUUUUUGUAAUGUUGUCAUAGUUGGGAAGUGCUUUCAGUAUGCUGCUGCCGAAGAUGACGUCGAGCAAAUAUGGUUGAGAUAGCAUAUGUUGCCUUCUCUUUGUCACAGAAUAGUAUAUUGUAUAUACACCUCCUGCAACAUCUUGUAAUGUAUCAAUGUACUGUAGGAUCCCUAUCUUUUCUCAUAGAUGAACAUGAAAGAGUCAAAUGACUUCAAGACUCUUUAUGCACAGUGUUUGUACUGUAUAUA